CUUUUUCCCCCGUUCGAGUGCUCGAGCUCCGACCAAAUCUCGCAGCGGUAGCAAUCCCCGAGCGGCCGAGCCCGAAGCGGGAUCAGUGGAGGACGAGUGGACGACACCCUCGAUUCUGACCUGCGGUCGGCGCGACUUACAGAGAACCGGAGAUGCAGCAGGGCGACAGCACGGAGGCGCAGGUGACGUGGGAGGACCAGCAGAACAUCAACCGCUUCGGUCGCCUCAACAACCGCCUCCACGAGCUCCAGGACGAGAUCAAACUCGCGAAGGAAACGAACGAGAACCUUGACGAUGCUGGGAACGAACUCAUCCUGUCGGACGAAGAUGUCGUGCGCUUCCAGAUCGGGGAGGUGUUUGCUCACAUGCCGAGGGACGACGUCGAGACUAGGCUGGAGCAGAUGAAAGAGGAUGCGGCUAAGAAGCUGGAGAGGCUAGAGGAGGAGAAGGAAUCCGUCCUCGCCCAGAUGGCCGAGCUGAAGAAGAUACUGUACGGGAAGUUCAAGGACGCCAUCAACCUGGAGGAAGAUUAAGAGUAGUACUGGAGUUGUGACGACGUGGCCCUCUCUUUCUAGUUCAGGUCCUGUUUUUGUUCCCCUGCUCCCCCCACAGAAGCGCUUGGCCCGCUCGUGUAAUGGAAGCUUGAGUCUCUCAGUCUUUCAGAAGCUCUUUUCACCAAGAACCCAGAAUAGUUUUCAUUCUGCGGGUUUAUACGGAUUGAAGCUAAUGGCGCUGGGCCCAUGAAUCCUUUUUCAGUUUGAUUGUACUUGGUGUAUGUGGGUACAUCGCUUGCCCUAUUUCCUAGU